UUGUGGUCACCUCUGAUCUUUUCUUCCAAUAGACUGUAACUGAUGCCUACUAAAGAGGAGAUCGAGGCGCAGCUGGCUGCAAAACGAGCAGAGGUUCAAGCUAAACUUGCACAAAUGAGAGCAAAGGCAGGCGUUCCAGCACCACCACCAGCGAACAAUACGCCAGCUACAAGUACCACUUCGAAUCUCAAAAAAAUACCGGGCAUAGAUCAAGAAGAUCUGCAACGACGAAUAGCAGAAGCAAAAGCUCGAAUAGCCGGAGCAAGUCAAUCAAAUUUUGCAGCCGGAGGUAGUAUGUCCCAGCAACGUCCAAGAGGUGGUCUAAAUAUUGCGCCGCCACCCUUGGGCUUGGAUAAAUCGGGCAACAUUGAUUUGAAAGCGAUGUUGGAUCAAGGCAUUAUACCCAAGCGUGAACUCGCAACUGCAAUGGCGAAUCAAAAGCAGACCAAGUCGGCGGCAAAGCCAGCAGCAUCGUCUUCGCCAUCAGCUGCUUCAUCUGGAGGCAGGCAAUCCAACCCGUAUUUAAGUGACAAAACUGAAGUUGGCGGCCGAAGGAGUCGACAUCUAAAAUUUGUACAGCCUGGUCGGUUCAUUCAAAAAGCAAAUCAAGAACGAGCAAAAGCACAAUUAGAGCGCCUCAAGCAAGAAAUCGCAGAAAAGGCAAAAUUGGCUGGUGUUCAGACUGAACGGGAUAUACCAGAUAAUCUACUCAAGGGACCACCCCCACCUGAUGUUGAAUGGUGGGAUUUACCAAUAACCAAGAACAAGCAGUAUGGAGAAAUAGAUGCCGAUCACCUUGAUAUGACUGGAUUAGAAAACAUCAUCACCCCGUAUGUACAACACCCGGUACCAAUUGAACCACCUGGUGAACCCACCGGCCAACCACCUCGCCAAUUGAUGUUGACCAAGAGAGAAUCAAAGAAAUUGAGACGUCAAAAGAGAUUGGAGGCACAAAAGGAUAAGCAGGACAAAAUUAGACUUGGAUUACUACCACCAGAGCAGCCUAAAGUUAAAAUCAGCAAUCUCAUGCGUGUCUUGGGACAAGAGGCUAUUCAAGAUCCAACCCAAAUCGAAGCUAAAGUGCGUAAAGAGAUGGAGGAGCGACAACGUGAACAUGAGAAGGCGAACGAAACUCGUAAACUUACAAAGGAAGAAAAGCGGGAAAAGACGAUAUCAAAGCUCAAAGAAGAUAUCGCUCAAAUGGUACAUGUUACUGUUUACAAGGUCAAGAAAAUAAAACACCCUAAAUUGAGAUAUAAGGUUGAAGUCAACGCAAGACAACUUUAUCUUACAGGCAUGGUUAUUGCAACUCCCAAGUGCAACUUGGUCAUUGUUGAAGGCGGACCAAAAGGAAUCAAGGCGUAUAAAAAGCUCAUGCUUAGGAGAAUCGAUUGGAAUGAUCUUCCUAUACCACUCAAAGCAGAUGCAGCUGAUACACCUAUGCAAGAACCUGAAGAGGAAGACGAAGAAGAGAAUCAGUGUUUCCUGGUAUGGGAAGGUGUAGUCAAAACUGCAGCUUUCAAGAAGUUCACUUGGCGAGAGAUGGAAAGUGAGAAGAUGGCUCGUGAGCUACUGAAUGGGUUCAAAGUCGAACAUUAUUGGGAUGCAGCCAUAAUGGCAGACGAUGAAGAGUUGGCAGCUCGUCAACCUGAACUAUAGAUAUGAAUAAUUUGUUCAAAAAAAAAUAAAAAUCUAUCGUAUUGCACCACUUCAGAGACAUUGUGGACGAUGG